AUGCAAACCCCAAAGCAAUCGCCUCCUUUUUAUAUCGGCGUCGAUGUUGGAACAGGAUCUGCGCGCGCGUGUCUCAUCAACUCUGUUGGCAAAAUUGUUGCCAUUGAAAGCCAACCUAUCGCCAAAUGGGCCCCGCGUGCAGACCACUACAACCAAUCUAGCACCAAUAUCUGGCGUGCUGUGUGUCGUGCUGUCAAGGCUACUGUAGACUCGGCUAUCAGUAAUUCCUCGGAAUCUGGACUUUUUGAGCGUACGCAGGUUGUUGGCAUUGGCUUCGAUGCUACGUGUUCAUUGGUUGCGCUACGCGAGGAUGACGAUAGCCCAGUCUAUGUGGGCCCUGAUUUUGACGAUGACUCGCUACACACUGCAGACGAAGUCCAGGACAUCAUACUGUGGAUGGACCAUCGUGCGGGUAUUCAGGCCGAUGCAAUUAACUCUACAGACCACCCGCUCUUGCAGUAUGUGGGCGGCAAAAUGUCUGUGGAAAUGGAAAUCCCCAAAGCUCUUUGGCUCAAAGACAAUAUGCCUCCUGGCGCCUUCGAGCACUGCAAGUUUUAUGAUCUUUCUGAUUUUCUUACUCAUAAAGCCACGGGCUCUGAAGCACGGUCCUUCUGCUCAGUCGUAUGCAAACAAGGCUACGUCCCUGUGGGCAUUGACGGCUCCAUCAAGGGCUGGUCCCGCGAGUUUCUCGAGUCCAUUGGCCUUGGCGAACUUGCAAAAGACAACUUUCGUAGACUUGGCGGCGUCAAUGGAGAAAAUGGUCAGAUUCUGUCUGCAGGCACUUUUGUCGGGCUGUUAACCCCUGGAGCAGCCCAAGAGCUUGGCCUCUCAAUCUUAUGCGCCGUCGGCAGUGGCGUUAUCGAUGCUUAUGCCGGCUGGAUUGGAACUGUUGCGGCAACAACCUCUAGCCCCUCUUCUGUUGCCAAACUUCCACUUUCUGCACGUUUGGCUGCAGUGGCUGGAACCUCCACUUGUCAUCUCGUCAUGUCUGAAGAUCCCAUAUUUGUUCCGGGAAUUUGGGGGCCUUACCGCGAUGUUCUUAUCCCCGGAAAGUGGCUUGCUGAGGGCGGCCAGUCUUGCACAGGCGCUUUACUUUCUCACAUCGUCACCACACAUCCUGCUUAUGCGCGAGCUCAAGAAUUGGCUUUGGCUGAAGAAGAUGAAGCCUCAACGGGGAAACCUGUCCAAGGCGAAGGAAAUGUAUUUGGCUGGCUCAACGCGCACCUAGCGCGGCUGGCAGCAAGUGUAGGCUCGCCCACUAUUGCACACUAUGCUCGGCAUUACCUUUUCUACGGUGAUCUACACGGCAACCGCUCGCCCAUUGCAGAUGCACGGAUGCGCGGCGCUGUUGUCGGUUUGUCUAUGAAUGCUGGUGUGGACGACUUGGCACUGGCAUACUACGGAGCCGUCGAGUUUAUUGCUCAGCAGACUCGUCACAUUGUGGACACUCUUAAUGCCAGCGGCCACAAUGUCUCGGCUAUUUACCUUUCUGGCGGCGGCCAAUGCCGUAAUACCUUGCUCACGAGCACCAUAGCCAAGUGCACGCGUAUGCCAGUGGUCAUUGCUGCCUAUGUCGAUGCUGCUGUUGUCCACGGUGCCGCUAUGCUAGGCGCAAAAGCAGCUGCUGAGCACCAUAGUGCGCAAAAGGGCUCUUCGUCGCUUUGGGAAAUUAUGGAGCGCAUGACACAGCCAGGAUCUAUUGUAGAGCCCGAAGACUCUGGAAGUGUAGAUUAUAAAAUUCUGGAUGCAAAGUACAGUUUGUUUUUGGACAUGGCAGAGUUCCAGCAGCGCGCUCGCAAAUAUGUAGAUGAUGCCCUUGUUUAG